CUGUCGAGCUGUCAGGGUGUGAGUGAACACCCUCUAGUGGAGCCGCUGACAAGCUGUCCUGCUGAGCUUCUAUCUGUUUUUACCAUCAGCAUUUCAAGCGGUCUAUGGUCCAGCGUUGAGCAGAGACCAUGUGGUGUUUGGAGCUGCUCUUAACACUGCUGUUGAUCGUCAACGAUGCCAGCUGCCAGUGGAACGUUUGGGUACCUCGGGACAUCUCGGCCAUGACAAACUCGUGCGUGGUCAUCCCGUGCACCUUCAUGUAUCCGUCCGGCAUCAGGCCGUACCGGGGCAUUCACGGUAUCUGGUACUUCGGCCAACCCUACCCUCAACUCUUCCCUCCCGUAGUCUUCAAAUCACGCACGGACGUCGUGCACGAGAGCUACAAGGGCCGCACCAAGUUGCUGGGUGACCUGCACCAGAGGAACUGCACUCUGCUCAUCAACAACAUUGGCACAGAGCACUCAGGGAGAUACUACUUUCGUGCUGACCUCGGCGGAGCCAACAUGUACACGUUCCCUGACUUCGCUGAGCUCAAAGUUCUCGAUCAACCCAACAUUGAUGUCCCAGAGGAGAUUGUCAGUGAUGAGAGUCUUGAAUUGACGUGUUACGCUCCUGACAACUGCCCCGACUUGACUCCAGAGAUCCAGUGGAUGUACACCGACUACCUGCCCGACCCGGAGUUCUCUUCUGACUACCUAGAAGAGAGCAACACGGCGGUCCUCUCCAACACCCUCACCUUCACACCCAGACCCAUGCACAAUGGACAGCUCCUGGGCUGCAGGGUCUACUACCCCAACACCACACUGGUCUACGAGAGGCUCAUCUCUCUGGACAUCAAGUAUGCUCCGCGCUCGGUGUGGGUGAAUGUGUCGUCAGAGGUGAUGGAGGGCAGCUCUGUGAUGCUGCACUGCGAGGUGGACAGUAACCCUCCCCCGAGGAUCUCCUGGAUGUUUGGAGACCAGGAGCUGCUGUGGGACACGGCGUCCAACAUCUCGCUCUCCCUGGAUGAUGUGACACCUGCACAGGAGGGACUCUACACCUGCAUCGGUGACAACGGUUACGGCAUGAUGAACACCUCACUCUACCUGGCUGUCAAGUACCCUCCACGCGAGCCCCUGGUAAACGACUCUAUGACGGUGCUAGAGGGCACCUCACUGGCCCUGCACUGCAGCACCCAGGGCAGCCCGGCCCCGACCCUCACCUGGCUUAAAGACGGGGAGCUGGUGGGCACCAUCACCGCUGACGAGCUGUCGGUGCUGGAGAUCAUGGAGAUCACACCGCAGGGAGACGGACAGUACCGCUGCCUGGCUGAGAAUGAGCACGGCCGAGCCAGCAGCUCCCUCAACAUCACUGUUGAGUAUGCCCCAGUCCUUCUGGAGGAGUCAAAGUGCACAGUGGUGAGGGAGGGUGUCCAGUGUGUCUGCAUGGCCACAGGAAACCCUGAGCCCACCAUCGAGUUCUACCUGCCCGACCUGAACAUCACCAUCAAUGAAACAGACGGCCGGUACAACUUCUACACACACACAGACGGUCACACCUCCACAGGCAUGAUCAAGUUGCGGGAGAAAGGAGAGAGGGUCGAUAACGGCGGCCCCGCCGUCAACGUCCACUGCAGCAUCUACAAUAUGUACGGAAGAGAGAGCAUACUUCUGGAGCUACAGCAGGAGAAAAAGUACAUGAUGGCAGUUAUAGUUGGCACCAUUGGAGGAGUGGCGGUCAUAGCCUUCAUCAUUGCAGCAGUGAGAUACGUUGGCCACAACAACAAGAAAGAGAAUGGCAACCCUAGGCAGGACGUGGUCCUGGAGAACCCAGCUUUGUACUACAGCGCAGUCAAGAAGGACAAACAAAAUCUGAGGAAGAAAGUGCUUAAGACAGAGCUGUUGGGCUCAAAGUUUAACUCCAUUCUAGAGGAGACUACGGGAGAAGACGGGGAUUAUCAACCUGUGGGCUCUAUGGCAGGACUGGAGAGGCAAGAGCUGAAUUACGCUGCUCUGGAGUUUAUUGGGGCCAGGCCCAGGGAGGGGGCCUCAGGGAGGGGGGAUGACGGCAGCAACUACACGGAAAUCAAAGCCAAAUGAAUCGCGAUCCUUCCCUGAUCCCUCGGCUAUGCGAGACGCAGUGGCAGCCCCGUAUCACACACAUCCUCUGCCCCAUAAACUGUAUAAUAACCCCCCAUCACCUACUGGAUUUCACUCUGCAUAUGAUGACUCCUUGUUUCUCAUUUCUACAGAUUUGUCACAUAUAACAUAUCAUUCGAUGCCAGUACUCCCCCCGCCCCCUCAUGCUGCCCCUCCUCCACGGGAUCCCCCUUCAUUCGCCACCGUUUGGAAAAGCUGGUACUGUUUGAGUCAGAGCAUGACUCACUGGACAAUAUUUAAGAAAUUAUUUAAAUUUCUAGCCUCAGUUGUAAUACAUGGGCUCUAAAACAUGCAGUGUUAACAAGCGACCAUGAUUUUGUUGCUUUCUCCAUAUGCUCUCUCAUUGUGAUUGUUGAUGUUAAUGUCAAAUGACAGACAUCUGAGUGCUUGCAUCCAUCACACUAUUUGCUCUUGUAACUGUCACUGUGUCUGCUGCCAGUCGAAGCGUCGGGGCAAGGAGUAACCGUGCUUUUUGUUCUCUUAUCUUUGUGCGUGUCUGCUGACUGAGAGCGACCCCUCUCCUCUCUUUCCUUUGGUUAAUUACAUCCCAAGAGAAGAUAACCGGCUGAGGAGGGAGAUGGAAACGCAUCUCAGAAUCUUGUUUCCGAAUAAUUGCAUUUAAUGUGUGCUGUGACGCAGUAGCCUCUCAUAAUAAAUGAAAAAAAAAAAAUGUCACCAUCACUUUUGAAAAUAAUUGAAGAGGUUUUGUAAAUUUAAGUGAUACACUGUAUGAUUCUGAAAAAUGUCACAGUUUCUUUCCAGCAUCCAACUGUAGAAUGUGUUGAGUUUCUUUUUUUUUUUUUUUUUUCCUGCACUGUGGCCAACGCAA